CCUCGGGUGAAGUUUGUCGGAAUCAGAUCCAAGUUUGCUAUUUUCAGCAUUUGCUACCAAAGGAGCUGAAAUGGUUCUUCAGCGCAGCAUCUCUCUGCUAAUGCUCCUCUGUUCAUCUCCACUUGUGUUCGCUGCUGGUAACUCCACUAACUCCACAGAGGCAUGUGACCGUCGCUGUCUGGCGAACUCUCUGGUUGAAAAAGAACUGUUCAGCCCGCCACAGGAUGAUAACUGUACCAUCGUAGUCAACAUCACUUCCAUAAUAUAUCAGAUGUUGUCUUUUGAUACAAAGGCCAUGGAAAUGACCAGCCGUAUCAAGAUAAAUAUGGAAUGGAUGGACCCUGAUCUUGGAUGGAUGCAUAAGAGAUAUAAAUUUUCAACAAUUGUUUUACCUGUUGAUAAAAUCUGGAUUCCUGGGCUAGUUUUGGAGAAUUCAGUCGACGUGACCGUGGAGCCGUACUCUAAAGAUGUGCAGGUGAGGAGGGAUGGGACUGUGACCCAUGCGGUGGUUUUGUUCACGACGGUGAGCUGUGAAAUCAACCUAUUCAGCUACCCCUUUGUGACUGGGACAUGCCCUGUGGCCAUCAAUGGAUGGAGCCAGAAAUCUUGUGAGCUCAAACUCCAGAUUUCUGAUAAUGUGUCUUCGAUUGCCAGUUCGGGAGGAGAAUGGCAGACUUCGAACGUCAUCAAACAUGUGGAUCCAUCACAGCGUGUUUAUCUCGAAGUGGAAUUGUCUAUUAACGCCUUCGGUGCUGUUGUGACCCUGAUCCUGCCCAGUGUGUUAAUAAUGCUGGCUGACCUGGUGAGCUUUGCUCUGCCAUUUGAAGGAGGGGAACGCAACUCUUUUAAGGUCACCUUGGUCCUGAGCUUCACCAUGUUCCUCCUCAUCCUCAACGACCACCUGCCCAACGGGGGCAACUGCAGCCCCCUCCUCCACUAUCACUUCAGCUUCUGUCUGGUGUGUCUGGUUGUGAGUAUGCUGACGUCUAUAGUGUUGACACGUCUGUCUGUAGAGGACAGCUUCCUUCUGUGUAGACGACGCUCCGCCAAGGUUCAUCCAUCAAACAACAGCAAAACACAACAUGACAGCCUGGAUCAGGAGAAAGAUAUUGGUGUGAUUACAACACAGUCUGGUGAUCUGGCUUCAGAGGUGGCUUCCCUCCAGAAAAUAGCGAACUUUUUGGAGAACUUGGAGAAAGGAGAAGAGGAGAAACAGAGGAAAGUGGCCUUUGCUUACCGCCUAGACCGAUUCUGCUAUGCGUUUUUUCAAAGCAUCUACAUAAUUUAUGUCAUAAUCAUUAUUAGUAUCACCCAGACAGAUAUUUGUAAGGUUAAUAAUCUAGACUUCUGGGAUAAUUCUGACCAUGGAGAUGACGACUAUGACUACACUCCACUGUAGUUUAAACAUAACCUCUCAGACCGGCUCUGUUUACUGCACGUCAUCUGUAGAAAACUG